UUAAAUCACUUAUAUUAAAUUCCAUUACAAAGUGAUGAGUUUGACAAUUAGACUUUUUUCAAUAAUUUCCUAUUUCUGUCAACAAGUUUGUUUCCAAUAUGUGAUUCUUUGUCGGUUGUAGAUCGCUGUCCUAUAAUGACACUACCUAGCAAAUGUGCUAAAUGUGGAAUGCAUGGACAAUGGAGGAAGCUUCCUAGCAACCAGAAGUGUAUAUUGGUCAAUUGCCGCGGUUUUAUAUGGAGGGCUGUGGACGGAAGGUAGUGGAUAUACGAUUGGCGAAGAAGACGAACAAAUAUUUAGUUAUUUGUCAAGAACAGGGUCAACAAUAAAGCACAUGCUUCCAGAACACAGGGAUGAUGCCAUAAUUGAAUUUGCCAUGUAUUGGAACAAAAGAAAAGUCGAUAAGAUGGCAGAAUUAUUGCACAGGCGAUUCAAGCGGGUUUGUCAGAAGGAACGCAAAGCAAUUGACGAUAUAAAUUUAAAAUCAUCUGAAGUUGACCAAAGUCGCGCUCCUUUGUGGAAGAAUGAAGCUGUUGCUCUGGCACAAGUUUCACAAAAUGCUCUUGUUGAUGUCAAAAUUUCGCAAAUCGAGGAGCUGAUCCUGCUGGCUAUCCAGCUGAAUUGCCAAAACAAGCUUACACCACCUCAGGGACAGGUGGUGCCGCUUUCAAUGAUUGAAAGGCUUCGGUGUGAUACAUUUCUUCAAGCGCAGCCAGAAUCGGGUGAGAAUACAGUGGAUGGAUUCCAUACAUUGAAUCUGCAGAACAAACAGCUCACGGAAAAACUGUUAGUAAGGGACGAAGAAAUAGAGGCACUCGCCUUGAAGCUUGAGGAAACUUCAAGGGCAAAGGAAAAGAGGAAAUACAGGGAGCAUCAGUUGGCUUCCGAAAAUGAGGAGCUCAAAUAAAAGUGUCAAGGAAAGAGAGGCAAAUGGAAGCUCUCGAACACCGAAUGGCCAUGGUAAAGGAGCAAAAUUCUGCCAUGCAGCUUAGAGAUGCAGAAUGGACAUAUACGAAAAUAAAGUAGUAUGUAGGCAUGCGAUCAACCAUAAUAGUUGACGCUUUCUUGAUUUCUCUCACAGAAGUGACCCUUUAUUACAAGAGACACCCGUCUCUGUUUUAGACAGCAACAACUUUCUCAAUGCUUUGGUAGCUACUGAAAAGUAUGAAAAGGAGGUAUUUUCAGAAACUACUUUGGCUA